AUGCGGUGCGUAGCUGACCAGACCUACUGGCUUCACAUGCGCCUGCAUUGGAUCCGGACGGAGCAGCACCGCCAUGCUCCCUGCGCACGCACGCGGCUGCGGACGAGCUGUGGCCAGGGUGUGCCAGAGUCGUGCGGCAGGUUCUCUGCAGGUGACGGGUGUCUUAUCUCCCUCCUUCCAGAUCUAGUGGCUCCUGACGAGGAACGCUCCCACAUGAUGGAGAGCUCGCAGAUCUGGUGCAAGCAGGAACGCUCCCACAUGAUGGCCAGGGAGCUCGCAGAUCCGGUGGAAGCAACGAAGCUGCUGGUCUUCAUGUGCCUGGACUAUGUCCCAGCUCAUGAAGCGAGGUGGAGCCGUCGAGGGCUCCGGCUCUGCCACACCACACUCCUCCCUGCACAGAUCCAGGGUGGGGGUGGAGGGAGGGGGGCCGGAAUCGGGGCCACUACACCAGAUCCGGAGGUGGAGGAGCUCACCUCACCAGAUUAUGCGCCAUAG